UUGUCCCAGCCCCCCACGGCCACGCACAGCUCUCUCGCACUCCACGGCCGCACGCAGGCGCCGCCGUUCGCCGUCGCCGGCGACGAGCUGCAGCCCGCCGGCAAGGAGGGGCGCCGUCUGCAAUCUCUGAUGGCUACAUCUAGCAAUGCUAGUGCUACUGCUGGAGGUGCUAGCUAGCGCAUGUGCUAGUGGUAGUGUAGGAUCUGCAUGACUGCAUCCACGAUUGGUAUAAAAGGCUCCACUGUGGACUCAUGUUAAGAUUAUAGAUAAGCCUAAAACAGGAGGCGGAAAUGUUCUCUGCAAAUGCAAGUUUUGCUCAUUGGAGAAGUUUACUAGCUACACUAGAGUUGAGGCUCACUUGCUGCACAAGUCAGGAAAGGGGCACUAGUAGUUUCCUAGAUUUAACUAUAUUUGUUAUGUACUGAUUGCUAUUUGCCUAUGUUGAACUUUGAUUUCUUAUUGCUGUGAACUUUGAUAUGCAUUGUUCAUUAUUUAUUUUUAUUUAUUUUUUAAAAAUUCUGAAACGUAUCCACGUAUCGGAGUUUUUUUUGGGAAACUGCCGUAUCGGCCUCGAUACUGAUACGUGUAUCUGUAUCUGUGUAACAUAAAACUGCGUGUGCUUUGAUUGAUGAAUAGUUUCUAUAUUGCUAUGACAUGGUAAGUUAUAAUAGUUCCUGUGUGUUCUUUGAUUGAUGAAUAGUUUCUAUAUUGCUAUGACAUGUUAAGUUAUAGUAGUUCCUGUGUGUUCUUUGAUUGAUGAACAGAUGAUGCUAUAUUUGCAGGCACAUAACGGUGCAUUUUGAUCUAAUUAAAGCACAAGUUUUCUUCAGCAGCUAGCCAUUAUCUGUUGCCUGCCUUUAUAAGCAUUCAACUAGUGAGCAGCUAGCCAUUUUGUCUAUGCAUAGCUGCAUUUAAAAAUAUUAAUAUGGCAUUAUGGAUUGUUGAAGAACAGUAUUACUGAAACUUAGACGUAUGCUACUUUUCUGGAGGUGCUACCAUUGCUGCUGUUCACAGGUUUCAGUCCUACAUAUAUAAAAUGGAGAUAUUAUGACAUUCCUAGUUGACCUUCAGUUUGAGUGCCAUUGCUGUUUACAGUUUCAGUGUAUUCAGUUUGUUAUAUAAAAAUGAUGUCUACAGUAGUGCCAUUGAUGUUUAUGAUCUGAUCAAAGAUUUGUUGCCUGCCUAUGUUAGCAUUCAGUUUUUUUUUUGGUUGCCGAUCUCUUAUCUAUAGUUCUGUGUGACCUUUCGUAGUUCUUUUUUUGAAGCAUAUUAUUGAGUGCAGCUUGAUCCGAUCAAAUGGUUGUGUUACUUUUUUUAUCUGGAUUUGUGGUAGAGAAAAUGUCCCAAGCAACAUAAAUAAUUUAGCAUGAUUAAAAUAUCUGUCACAGAAUUCGGUUGUGGUUUGGAUGGAUUAAGAACGUUGCUAUAGAAUUUAGCACGGGUAAGCUUACCAGGUUUAACCAUAUAUAGCUAUCCAUCCUAAUCCUUGCAACCAAACAUGAGAUGGGAUCAUCCUAUCCCUUCUUAUCCCUCCAACCAAACAAAAAACAGCGAUGAACCCAACCCUCCAACCAAACAUGAGAUAGGAUCAUUUGAUCCUUGAAAAGAAGGAUGAUCCUAUCCCAUCCCACGUUGACUCCCAACCAAACACAUCCUUAGUUCCAACUAGAACCUUUACAAAGCUACUAUACUGUUGCUAGAUUGUUACUUGGCUAGCUAGCUUACAGUUUGUUGGUAUUGUUACCCCUAUUUGCUGUAGUUACAACUUCGUCUGGUUUACAACUUGCCUUCAAUUUGUGCUUUGGAUAGUUAGAGAAGGUUGUGUAAUCUGUAGUGUUUUACAGCUAUCAUUCAUCGGCACACACUCACAGGCCUUGUGAAACAUUGCAACCUCUUCAGUGUUUGAGUGACAAUUGAGGAUCUUUUUCUGCUCUCCACAAACAAGAAAAAUACUAUGUGAUGUUCCAGGUGACUCAGCACUAAACACUCUACUGUCGAACAAUGGAAGCCAAGUUCUUCCGGUUUCUGAAGCACGUGGGGGUCGGUUUCAAAGCGAGGUCAGAGAGCCAAGGCCGUGAGCUGUUCCUGAAACUGGGCUACAGCCACGAGGUGCAGUUCACUGCCCCGCCCGCCGUCCGUGUCUUCUGCUUCAAGCCCAACAUAAUCUGCUGCACCGGCAUUGACAAGCACAGGGUUCACCAGUUUGCUGGUGCCGUCCGGAGCUGCAAACCCCCAGAGGUGUACAAGGGGAAGGGCGUACUGUACAUCGACGAGGUCAUCAAGCUGAAGCCAGGGAAGAAGCAAAAGAAGUGACAGCGGGAUGGUGUUGUAACAUUAUACUUGGCUUUUAGCCUCUUGAGAUCUGUUCUGCUGCGCAUUCGUAGCGAUGCGUGUUUGAUGUGAUUUCUUGUGCUAGGCAGAUCAGCAUUGUCCCAGAUUUGCCUCUGUGUAGUGUCAGGCAAUGCAAUGUACGUGAGGCGUGUAAUGGUGUUGUAUGACCAUGAAUAGGAAUAAAGCUGCCAGUUAAAAUUUUGUUGAUGGCAAGCUGGAACCUUACUGAGUUUGGAUUUCAGUAAUAUUGGAAUGUUUCCUUCCAAA